CCUUUGACAGUCAACCGCAUCUCUGAAGGCCGAUGGUCCGCCCUUGUUUGAUUUUUGGACUGCUGUCAAGCUCGUCUUCGGCGGUCUUUUAGUCUUUAUGCAGAGCGUCUGAAUCUACGAAGUAUUCGUUUCUUCAGUUCCGGCGGUUGUCGAACUCGGGCGCUAUUUUCUUUAUUAGUGGCCUUGGACGGAUCCAGAUUAUCAGGGUCUUCCCGUGUAUGAAUGAAUCUAUAUUAUUUUCAGAGCCUCGAAUGGACAAUCACGAAGGAUUCUCAACGGUGGAUCAGCCCAAACCAGAUCCUUCAGUGGACAGUGCGGCAGGGGUCUCAAAGAUCGAGAAGCCCACUUCAGUGUUUGCCUAUAAGAGAUUCACUUUUGAGCCUUCAGUGGACAGUGAUGUGGGAUCCUCAUUGAUCGAGCAGCCCAAACCAGGUUUAGUUAUGCAACCUACAAAAAAGACCCUGCCCUGUCAACACUAUUUCAGUGCAAGUGGAUGCCGAAAUGGUGAAAAGUGCUCCUUUGCACAUGGAGACUGUGAAUAUAAUGAACCAUUUUACAUUCCACUCAAGGACAACGCUCAAGUGUUCCGCCCUAUUUACAGCUCCCAUAUUAAGAGCCCACUUCAUCCUUUAAGAUUCACUCUCUACACAAUCAUGGCAUACCCAUAUAUUCGUCCAGACCAACUCGGAGUUAUUUUUGGAGAAAAAAGGGAGUUACUUCAGUGGAUCUGCAACCUAACCGGGGUCAAGAUAGUUGUUGAAGAUAACGAAGAAGAUCCUUCUUUCAAGAAAAUCAUCUUGUCCGGUUCGAUUAAAUGUGUUUCCGAUGCAAUGGAGCUAGUGGAUGCUUUAUUGAAAAAUUAUUUUUUAAUCUCAGCAGGCGGUAAAAUCCCACCCGUGGUAGAGUACAAAACAAAGAUUUGUAAGAAUUAUGCUACGAAGGGGUUUUGCAAGAAUGCAGAAACGUGUGUCUUUGCUCAUGGUGACUCCGAGCUCCGCCCAUCUGCCGUUGAGAUUUUGCAGAGAACCAUGGAGAAAAUCAGGACACCAAAGCGGCGGAAAUAAGAAAUGGCAUUAUUUGUGCCUUUGUGCUACCCAUGUGUGAAUAAGUGGCAUAACUCGUCUUUCCCUUUUGAUGAUCAUGGACCUUGCUUGUAGUAUUCUCUAUUUACCUUGCUUGUAGUAUUCUCUAUUUACAUGCUUGUAGUGUUCUCUAUUUACAUGCUUGUAGUAUUUUCUAUUUACAUGCUUGUAGUGUUCUCUAUUUACAUGCUUGUAGUAUUCUCUAUUUACAUGCUUGUAGUAUUCUCUAUUUACAUGCUUGUAGUGUUCUCAAUCAAUGCUUGUUCUAUUCUACCUUGCUUCUUUCUUACGGAC